AGACAAGGGGCGGGUGCAAAAAGCUUUUAUUUCCUACGGGAGAGGAAAUCCUUAGAAAAUGUAUGCGUUCAUGCCCCGUGCCUUCAAGUAGCUAGGCAAUAUUGACAAACUAUUUUUCUAUUCCUAAAUUGGAGCGGUGCAAACCUAUUUCAGAUCAUAGGUAGGAGCGUGGGGUCCGAAGAGCGAGGGGGGGAUCAGGGGUAGCCGCGGUCGCUGGGUCAAAAUGUCGAUUCAGUACGAGGUGGAGCAGCUGGCUGACAGCUACGGUGUGGCGGACUCGUUCCCUAAAGAUUUCGGCUAUGGAGGAGAAGAGGCCGACAUCGAAGACAGCCCGGCUCCGUCCGACAGCAAGCCACGCAUCCUACUCAUGGGUUUGAGAAGAAGCGGGAAGUCCUCCAUUCAGAAGGUUGUUUUCCACAAGAUGUCCCCGAAUGAGACGUUAUUUCUGGAGAGCACAAACAAGAUUUACAAAGAUGACAUUUCCAGCAGUUCUUUUGUAAACUUCCAAAUCUGGGACUUUCCAGGCCAGGUGGAUUUCCUUGACCCCACAUUUGACUACGAGAUGAUCUUCAGAGGAACUGGGGCAUUAAUAUUUGUUAUUGAUGCACAGGAUGACUAUGUGGAAGCUCUGACCAGACUCCAUCUCACGGUGUCUCAGGCCUACCGCGUCAACCCAGAGAUCAACUUCGAGGUAUUCAUUCACAAAGUAGAUGGCCUUUCUGAUGACCACAAGAUCGAGACGCAAAGGGACAUCCAUCAGAGGGCCAACGAUGACCUGGCCGAUGCUAGUUUAGAAAAGCUACAUCUCAGCUUUUACUUAACAAGUAUCUAUGACCACUCAAUCUUCGAGGCUUUCAGCAAAGUGGUGCAGAAGCUCAUCCCUCAGCUCCCCACACUGGAAAACCUCCUCAAUAUCUUCAUUUCUAAUUCAGGGAUAGAAAAGGCCUUUCUGUUUGAUGUGGUCAGUAAAAUCUACAUAGCCACAGACAGUUCUCCAGUGGACAUGCAGUCCUACGAGCUGUGCUGUGACAUGAUCGACGUUGUCAUUGAUGUCUCCUGUAUAUAUGGUCUGAAAGAGGAUGGCAGUGGCAGUGCCUAUGACAAAGAGUCCAUGGCUAUCAUCAAGCUGAACAACACCACAGUGCUGUACCUGAAGGAGGUCACAAAGUUUCUGGCCCUUGUCUGCAUCCUGCGAGAAGAGAGCUUUGAGAGGAAAGGUUUGAUAGACUACAAUUUCCACUGUUUCCGGAAGGCCAUCCACGAAGUGUUUGAGGUGGGCGUGUCCACACAGCGUCCAGCUGGUCCUCAGUCACCGGGCUCUCCUUGCACCAAGGCUGUAGCCCUCAACGGCACACCACGCAGCACUGUCUAACCACCCCUGCAAAAAGAACUGAAAGAAACAAUGCACAGAGGAAGAGAGAGGACUUCACAAGGGGCCACAGCCUGUACAGAGGACAUAGACUGUAUGGGACACCUAUGGUAACCCCACCCAAGACGGCACCAGCCCAGGAGCACAGAGAGGUCAGGCUGAAAGGAGGGUCCAAUCCUCUGGUAACCAAGGAAACAUGAGGUGUGUGUAACAGAAAAAAAGACUACAGAUGCACACCUUUCUUUACUGCUGCUGUAACUUCAUUCUUGCCAAGCUGUGAUCUUAUUGUGGGACAUCCUGACCACUUCUGUGCUGAUGGAGUAACACAAAACAAAGAGGAACCACUCGAGUGUCCAGAGAUGGCCUUAUGCAGAUGAAGCCUGUCCAAACGCAGGCUUCCUCUUCUCUUUCCACCACCACUCACCUCACCCCGCCCGCCCGCCCGAAUGCUGCCCUCUACCAGCUUGAUAUUCUUAUUUUUGUCUCACUCGUCAAGGGAAAUGAAGAUUCUGUGAGCGGCCUGAAAAGGGAUUGAGCUGUCCACUUGUUGUGUGUAUGGAAGUAUGUCUGAAAAUUGAGAGACUAUUCAAGACGACUUAAAACAGUAUUCAUUCUGUCUUUCCAAUGCACUUAACGAUCGUAACUUGGCUACAUUGAAAUUCAUCUGCUUACUGAUGGAGACUUACAAAAAGCACUGCCAUUAGUUGUGAACGUAAUUGCAAUAAUACAAAUUAAAAUAGGCUGAAACCUAAUAAAAUUAAAAUAAAAAGUGCGGUAUCCAUUUUGCAUGCUCUGUAGUCAUUUUAACACGCCCAAAUUAGAAACAGGUUUUGUAUUCAUUCCAAGCAUGCAAGCGUGCUGUCUGCUUGUACUGACCACAACACUGCUCAUGUAGUUCCAAAGGCAGUAGAUUAACAAAGAAAGUGACAAGAGGCUACUUCUUUGCUACUACUAUGGCGUCUUCAUAUAUGCAUAUUUCUUUUAUAUCAGGGAUAACGCACAUGUUUCAACUUGGAUAGAAUAUACCUAACUUUGAUCAUGUAAAAAUCCAUUAGUCACAACAAUAAGCAUUUGCACACCCAAACUGGGAUGAAAUGACUUCAUGUGUCUGUGAUGCUCUACUGUGUGGAAUAAACCAAUGAAAUUUCUCAUUCA